CCGCUACCGCCGCCGCCCCGCUGCCCACUAAAUUCGAGGCUGAGGCCUUGGGACUCACAGUAAGUUUGUUGCAGGCAAGCAGCGGUUGGUAUGGGCAGAAUGCCGCGCGCCGGCGCGCUCUUAGUGGCGCUAGCGGCGGUGCUGCUCGCUGCGGAAUGGGCGCACGCGUCUUAUAUUGAUCCAGGUGACGAAGACGUAGAGGUGAACUUGCCGGACUACGGGGAGGACCCAGCAGACCUGCAGCUUCUUCAGGAUGUAGGAAAACGAUCGUCGCUGAUCUACGUUUUCAGGCGCGCCUGUAUCCGGAGAGGUGGCAAUUGCGACCAUCGCCCUGGGGACUGCUGCCACUCCUCCUCCUGCCGCUGCAACCUCUGGGGCUCCAACUGUCGCUGCCAGCGCAUGGGGCUCUUCCAAAAGUGGGGGUAAAAGCCCCUCACCCACCACCAGCUCCCCUGAAGCGGCGACCAACUCCAGCCAGCCGACUUGACCGCCGUUCCAUUGGAUGCCACAACCACAGCUAUUAACACGGACCCGUUGCGUUUUAUUCGUUUCCACUUCCCACACCUUCAGUAGUAUUUCUUAAGAGCUAUCGCUUAGAGAGAUUCGAAUCGAAAAACAGGGACCUAGAUUUUAGUUCGGAAAUAUUUUUGGACCAUUAUACAAAAUUUAGGAAUGGUAUCUUUCGUUUGAGGAUUAGGCAUUUCGCGUUCAUUCGGUUUUGCGUUGUUCUUUUUCUGAUCGCGCUGAGUGUCCGCUUACGUGGUUGGACAAUCACCCAGCCUUAUUGUCCAAUCCGUACGCCCCGACGCCAAGCUCGGCCGAUCGGAUUCUGCCAACUGCCCCUGGCUGACGGUCCUUGGCCUCUUAGUUUCAAUUUUCGUUUCUGCCAACGGACCCGACGUCACGGAGACAGUUCUAUUUAUUGCAAUGUAUGUAUGUAGAGAUAAGUAAGCUAAUGUAGUAGAGUAGCGGCUAAUUGAUGGUAAACUUAUGUCAAUAGGAAGUAGCAAAUACAAAAUAGAAAAAAAUAUAUAUGUAACUUUUAAAAUAAAUGUUCUAGUCAUAUAAGAGACUAACGGUAAAGGAAACUUGGUGAAAGACGCUGUAAUAAGCCUUUGUAUUAACAGCCACUUGUAUUUGCGAUUGGCAACUUAGAUUUUUAAAUACCUAUUAACAUGUCAUAAUGCAUAAUUCA